CACAAAUCAUCAUGCAGAACAAAGUAAACGUUUUACUGAUCGGCUGCGGCGGCAUCGGCACCAUCGCCGCCCUGAACCUCCAACGCGGUGGACAAGCCACCGUCACCGCCGUCCUACGCUCCAACUACGAGCAUGUCAAAGCACACGGCUUCUCCAUCAAAUCCAUUGAUCACGGCGAAGUAGAAGGCUUCAAACCGUCCAUCCUCCGCAACACCAUCCCCAACAUCACCACCGAAUCCCUCCCACCCUACGACUACAUCGUCGUCACCACCAAGAACUACGCCGACAUCCCCCCCAGCGUCGCCGAGCUGAUCCACCCCGCCGUGACCCCCGGCCACACGCGCAUCCUCCUCCUCCAGAACGGGCUCAACAUCCACAAACCCCUCCGCGCCGCCUUCCCGACCAACAUCCUCCUCUCGGGGGUCAGCUUCUGCGGCUCCCACCAGGUCGCCCCGGGACGCAUCAUCCACGAAGACGACGACGAGCUCUACAUCGGCGCCUUCCGCAACCCCGCCCUCGCUGCGGAGGUGGAGGACGCCGCCGCCCAAGAAUUCGUGCGCAUCUACGGGGCGGGCGGCAACUGCCAGCCGCAGUUCCAGCCGGACGUCGCCUUCAGCCGCUGGCGGAAGCUGCUGUACAACGCGUGUCUGAAUCCGAUCUGCGCCAUCACCGACCUGGACACGGGCCGCAUCCAGCUGGCCGAGGGGGCGGUGGCAGAGCUGGUGCGGCCGGCGAUGCGCGAGAUCCAGGCCGCCGCCAGCGCGUGCGCGGGGGUCGAGCUGCCGGAUGAGACGCUGGAGAAGAUGAUUACGCUGGACCCGGUGACGAUGUACAACCCGCCCAGUAUGCAGGUGGAUGUCCGCAGUGGGCGGUUCACGGAGUUUGAGAACCUGGUGGGGGAGGCGGUGCGCGAGGGGAGAGCGAAUGGGGUGUCGAUGCCGACGUUGACGGUCUUGUAUGGGAUCUUGAAGGCGAUGCAGUGGCGGACAAAGGAGCGGAGGGGGUUGGUGACGGUGCCGGCGGCGGAGGAUCAUACUGUGAAGAAGUAGUAGUCUAUUGUCUUUUUGAAUUAAUUCCCUUUCGGUUGGCAUUAUUCAACUACUGGUACAUCUGUGAUACUGCCCUAACUUGA